AUCCGUUGCCCGCUCCGUCUCCUCUGCUCUUCAGACAAAGAAAAGAGGAUACGAAAGCAACUACCUUCGCGGGGGAACAGUAGCCGUCAAAAAGAGACUACCGUCGACUAAACCAACGGCCCAGAUCUCUUCUCGUCGCCUCCAACGACCCCGUGCUUUCUAGUCUUCGGAAGCUUCCCAGAUUCCCAUUCGCACUUCGCCAUUUGUCGCUGGAUAUUUGGGUGGAAUUCUGAGCUCGUGUCGGUCUUUUGAGCUAAAUUGGGUGUUUUGUCCAGAAUCACUAGAGCUUUGGUGGAAUAUUCAUACUGUAAUUCAGAAAUACUGUUGCUAGCAAUACUUUUGCACGAGGUACACAACCUUUGACUUCUAAUGGGGUGGGCGAACAUUUACAGAAGGCGCCUACAGGUGUUCGCUGUUGCUUUGGUGAUCUACUUGGACUAUAAGGCUGUACAGAAGAGAGUGAAAUAUCUCAGCAAAAGUAAGAAGGAUGCUAUUUGGGAAAGAACCCACCAGAGAAACGCUAAACGCUUGCUGAAUCUGAUAUUACAGUUAAAAGGUUUGUGGGUGAAACUUGGCCAAUAUUUGUCUACUCGAGCUGAUGUGCUUCCUGAGGCUUAUAUAAACGCCCUCAGGCAGUUGCAGGAUUCUCUUCCUCCUCGUCCUCUGAAAGAGGUUCGCCGAACCCUAAAGAAGGAGUUUGGAAAAUCCAUCAGUGAUCUUUUCUGUAGUUUUGUUGAAACACCUCUUGCAACAGCAUCUAUAGCACAAGUCCACCGUGCAACACUGAAAGAGGGGCAGGAAGUUGUUGUUAAAAUUCAACACGAGGGCAUCAAAGAAGUCAUAUUAGAGGACUUGAAGAAUGCAAAAUCCAUAGUUGACUGGAUAGCAUGGGCAGAGCCUCAAUAUGACUUCAGCCCGAUGAUAGAUGAAUGGUGUAAAGAGGCACCCAAAGAACUCGACUUUAAUCGUGAAGCAGAGAAUACGAGAAAAGUUUCCGAAAAUCUCUGUGGCAAAAGUGUGCAUAAUGACAACAGUCCCUAUAGUAGUCCUGAUGUACUGAUUCCAGAAGUUAUACAGUCAUCUGAGAAGGUCCUCAUCUUGCAAUAUAUGGAUGGCAUUCGAUUAAGUGAUAAUGAAGCACUGGAGGCAUAUGGGAUUGACAAGAAAAAAGUUGUUGAAGAAAUAACACGAGCAUAUGCUCAUCAGAUAUAUGUUGAUGGCUUCUUCAAUGGCGAUCCUCAUCCUGGAAACUUUCUUGUAAGCAAGCAACACCCACACCGCCCGAUUUUGCUCGACUUCGGGCUUACGAAGUCUAUAUCAAGUUCAAUGAAACAAGCUCUUGCAAAAAUGUUCCUGGCUUGUGCUGAGGGAAACCAUGUUGCUCUAUUGUCUUCCUUUGAAGAGAUGGGACUCAAGUUACGCGUUGACAUGCCGGAGCAAGUUAUGGAUGUCACAACUGUGUUCUUUCGCACCUCCACGCCAGCAACUGAAGCACUUGAAAACAUGAAAUCUUUGACAGAUCAAAGAGAAAAGAAUUUGAAGGCCCUCCAAGAGAAGACGAAUCUAAAUAAGAAGGAAGUCCAACGCUUUAACCCUGUUGAUGCAUUCCCAGGUGAUGCUGUAAUUUUUAUGAGGGUAUUAAAUCUCCUUCGAGGGCUUUCAUCUAUUAUGAAUGUUCGGAUAGUGUACUUGGACAUCAUGCGGCCGUUUGCUGAAUCUGCUCUACUAGGAAGCUUGAGUUCUGGGCCAGCUAUGAACACACAAUGGAUUUAUGAUACACCAAUUCACUCUGAUGUGGAGGCAAAGUUGAGACAGCUCCUUGUUGAGAUUGGAAAUGAGAAAAUUCUUGGAAUACAGGUGUGCGCGUACAAAGAUGGGCAUGUCAUUAUAGAUACUUCUGCUGGCGUUCUAGGGAGAUAUGAUCCUCGGCCUGUCCAACCUGAUACUUUAUUCCCAGUUUUUUCAGUAACUAAAGGGGUUACUGCAGGAAUGGUACAUUGGCUCGUUGAUAAGGGGAAACUCAAGUUUCAGGAAACUAUUGCUAAUAUUUGGCCUGAGUUUGGAACCAAUGGGAAAGAUGUCAUAAAGGUUCAUCAAGUCCUUAAUCAUACAUCCGGUCUGCAAAAUGCAAUGGGUGAUCUUUUGAGGAGUGAUCCCUUGGUAAUAUGUGACUGGGAAAAAGCUCUAAAGCACAUUGCUACGUUAACUCCUGAUACAGAACCGGGUUCCCAGCAACUAUAUCAUUACUUAUCUUUUGGUUGGCUUUGUGGUGGAGUUAUAGAGCAUGCAUCAGGAAAGAAAUUUCAAGAAGUACUAGAAGAAGCUAUAGUUCAUCCUCUCAACAUUGACGGAGAGCUAUACAUUGGCAUUCCUCCAGGUGUGGAAACUCGUCUGGCAACACUCACAAUUGACAUUUCUGAACUCGACAAAUUCAUGGAAAUGAACUCAAGGCCUGACUUACCCGACAGCCUCAAGCAAGGAGACAUACUACAAAUGGCCACCAGCCUCCCUGUCCUCUUCAACACCCUCAACAUCCGCAGAGCCAUAAUUCCCGCUGCCAACGGACACUUGACAGCCCGUGCACUUGCACGCUACUAUGCUGCUCUCGCCAAUGGAGGCAUUAUUCCUCCUCCACACUCCAAUCUCUCCAAACCUCCUCUCGGUAGCCACACCCACAUACCCAAGCUCCCUCCUCUUAAACCCCAGAAAAAGAAAAGAGGUACUAAGAGUUCGAUGAAAGCAAACCCUAGUGACCCUAGUUACAGUCUUGUUGAAAUUCGUACUGAAGAUGCCAACGGCGGUACUGGUGGUAAUAAGGCGAGAAGGAUGUUCAAUAACCCAAAGAUACGUGAUGCAUUCAUGGGGGUAGGUGAUUAUAGUACUUUGACACUUCAGGAUGGGUACUUCGGGUUAGGGUUUAGGAGAUUCAGGUCGGACAAUGAUAAGCUUACGAGCUUUGGACAUUCAGGAGUCGGUGGUUCUACUGGAUUUUGUGAUGUAGAGCAUGAUUUUUCGCUUGCGGUAACUGUGAAUAAAAUGUCAAUGGGUAAUGUUGCAAGGAGAAUAGUUCAGUUGGUUUGUUCUGAGCUGAAUGUGCCAGUGCCUGAUGAGUUCUCAGAGGCUGGACGGAAAGGGCCAGAUAUGCAGUUGUAUAGAGGGAGCUGACCUCAGUGGAGCUUGAGAAAGGUGCAUUUACAAACCUCAGCGCAGGACGGAAACGGUGUACAACCACAGAAAUUUAAGUUACUAUAACAUGUUAAAACGAAUUUUUGGGCUCUUGAAUUUUACAUUUUUCUCCGGAAAAUAUAUUCUUAAAUGUUGUAUGAUAUUUUUUUUAAUGGUAUAUAAGGAGAAUCUUUAUCUUUCUCGUUUAUAAGUUACCGCAUUGUAUAAACUUUACAUGUUACAGGA